AUGCAUGCGCUACAACAGAUUUGUAUAGAACUGGGGGUGCCAUUGGCAAAUGAAAAAACUGAAGGGCCUGUGCAAAUUCUUGUAUUUUUGGGCUUGGAAAUCAAUACACAGGAUAUGUCAGUUAGAAUUCCCCAAGGCAAACUUCUAGAACUCAAAGAAAAACUGUUGGCUUUGUACAAUUGUAGGAAAGCAACAGUAAAAGAGAUUCAAGCAUUGUCCGGCCUUUUAAACUUUUGCUCUAGCGCCAUACCCUGUGCCAAAGCUUUCAAUAUACGUUUUUAUGAUUCAAUUUCUGGCAUGGUAAACCCACGUCAUCAUGUGCGUUUAACCUGUGAUUUGAAGGAGGAUAUUCAAGUUUGGCUAGUUUUCCUAGAAUUUUUCAAUGGAGUAACAUAUAUACCAGAUUUGGAGUGGACAUCAGAUACACAACUUGAACUUUUUACUGAUAGUGCUGGGGGUAGUCAGCUUGGAGGGGGUGCUUACUUCCAGGGACAUUGGGUGUUCUUUCCCUGGCCUCCCGCUUGGAUUGGUACUGUGGUGCUUCCUGACAUCACUUUUCUUGAGUUGGUCCCUGUAGUUCUGGCUUUUCACAUUUGGGGUAGCUUCAUGUCUAAGCGCAAGAUAAUCCUCCACAUAGACAACAGUGCAUUAGUGGCUUGCAUCAAUAAAAAGUCCUCGAAGUCUAAGGGAGUAAUGCAUUUGCUUCGACCCUUUGUACUGGAUAUCAUGAUCAACAACAUUCAGUGUAAGGCAACUCAUUUGGCUGGAACUAAAAACCUUAUUGCUGAUGCAAUUUCUCGUCUUCAGUUGACAAGAUUCUGA